CAUUGGGCGCAAAGCGUCAGCUUUAUGUUCACUCCAGUUCACUAUCCAAUCAGUUGAAAUGUUCAACAGUCACGACGCCAUAUGGACUCCAGAGGCCGCCAUGUUGGGUCUUGAUGGCAGUAUUUAUUCCUGAGGAAUGUGGACACCACAGAUAACGAGUGUCUUUGAGAAACAGAAAACCCAAGGCUCAGACACUGCAGAGCUGAAGGAGAAGAAACAGACUGAAGAGACUGAGAAUGGAGAGGACGCUGCUGCAAACGGCAAAACUGACGAGGAGAACGGCGAGCAGGAGAAUGAGGGCGAGGAGGACGAGGAGGACGUGGGAGAAGAGGAGGAGGAGGAGGAGGAGGAUGGAGAGGGUGAUGAGGAGGAUGAUGAAGAAGACGACCUUGAUGGGCCGACGGGGAAGAGAGCAGCUGAGGACGACGAUGAUGAUGAAGAGUGAGCUGUGGGAACACACCUUUUUAGACCCUGGUCUGACGGCAGUAAGAAAGAAGAAGAGAGGAUCAAAUGUACAGCUCACAGAUACUGAAGCCUUCUCUAAAGACGAUGGCGACUCCAUGAAAAAUCCAUGUCCAGCAAAGCAGGUGACAGUUGCUGGGAGGAGUCAUGCUGGCUGAGGAUUGAUCUCUGAUAUUUAAAAGUUCAACUGUACAUCUGCAACACUGAGUUCAGCUAGGUAUAUCAUUAUUAUUAUUAUCACAACUAUUACGAAUAAUGAUUUAAAAAUAUUCCAUAAUAUUUUCUGUUAUUCUUCAAACAAAAGAUGAUAUUACUCAAUCACUUCAGUUCAGUUUUGCUGCUACUUUAGUCACAGUAGUAGAGAAAUGGUUUUUUCAAAGUAAUCAGGAAACUGACAGGCGUAAUGGAAACACACCUAACUGUACCACUAGCUAUUGUAGUACAGCUGAACCGUACAGACAUCAUUGUAUCAACUAGAAUAAUUUCACAUCAUCAUCAACAUCUUUAUGAUGCACGGGGAGUACAUUGAAUGUCACUCAACGGUAGUGACUGACGGCUGCGAUAUCUUCGAGUUCAGCUAGGAGGACACAAAUAUUCAGAUGCGUCAUAGAUUUGUGACGCAAAUAAUAGAUGUAGUAAUCCACAACAAAAACAGUCCAGUUUUAAAAAAAAGAGUUCCGCCUUUAGAGUCUUUCCCCUCAUGCUAGUGAGCAUGGAGCUGUGAUUUGUUAAGGUUGAUGCGUAUCCCAGCAUCCUGCACCACCAAGCUCCACCUUAACACGGCACAGCCCACAUUACGGACUGUUUUCUUCUAACCAGCAGAGUGGCUUCAUUUCCCCAGACCUCUGAAGAGGGAGAUGAAGGUGUGGUUACUAGUGUCAUGUUUACCUGAGAUGGCGCUUCUCACCUUGUUCUUCUGUUUUGUU